AUGUCAGCGACGUCAGCUUCUCCCCGCAAGGUGACCCCCGUCGCCAACAAGUCAACUGCAGACCCGCCAGCAAACGGUUCCAAUACUGCCUCGCGAGGACAUGUACGCUCGCCCAGCACUUCAAGUAACGGUCCCACCAGAUCUCCUUCUCUGAGAGGAUCCACGCCACUCUCCGCACGCGCUUCUGUUCGAAAGCCUGGACGAUCUAAUCUCAGCAUGUCGAAUGUUCCCCGAGUCUCCAACGAUCCUUCCGAGGAGGAGGCCCGCGCACAGAAUGCCUCUCUGAUUGAGGAGUUGAGACAACAACUCCAGAAAGCCGAAACCGCUUCCGAACAAUACCAGAAACAACUAGGAGUGGUGCAGAUGCGCCUCGACGAAGCGAUCAGCGAACAAGGAAAAUUGGAAGAUCAGGCUCACGAGCGUGACGCUCGAACUGAGGAACUUGACUCUGAGAUCCGGGACCAGGCUCGCCAGAUCCGUGAUCUAGAGCAGAUUCACGAACAGGAACGAAAUGCUAUGCUCCAGGAGAAGGAGCAGCAGACUAGCCGGGAAGAAGAGUUGCAAGCAACUAUCCAACGUCUGAAGGAGUCUGUCGCCCAGAAAGACAUACGCAUCAAUGCAGAGGGCGAUCGCCAAGUUUCUCGGUCCUCGAGUUUCCGCAAUCGUGCAUCUCCCGACUUGGAUGGCCAAUUCGCCCCAUCUUCUCAGCUCGAGCGCAGUCCCUCCCGCAAUAACUCUAACCUUUUACUUCAAAAAGAUAAAUUGAUUGAAUCUUUGCGCUUGGAACUGGCUGAAUCUCAGAUCAAGCUGGUUGAGAUGGAGAACCAAGGCGGCGGCCGACAGCGCGAGUUAGAGAAAGACCUGCUGGAGGCUCGCAUGGCGAAUGCCCGUCUCAUGGAAGACAAUGAAAGCUACCAGCUGCUUCUUGGCGAGAAGACUCUCACCGGCGACUUUACCAAGGGAGAAUUCAUGCGCGAAAUUUACCCUGGAAAGGAAUCGAACAGCGGUAUGAGCUCUCUAGCUGAUGAACUCGAGUCUGUGGAUGAAGAGGCGGCGGACUCAGACCCUAACCGCAAACUGGACGGAGAGAUCAAGUCUCUGAAAGAUCAGAACAAAGCCCUAACACUUUACAUCGAGCGAAUCAUUAGCCGUGUCCUCCAGCACGAUGGAUUCGAGCAUGUGCUCCGCAGCGACGACGAGGCUAAAAAGACCAAGAGUGCUAACAAAGACCUACCUCCUACUCCCACAGAAAAGGAGGAAGGUUCACCCCAGUCUUUGAUGCAGCGGGCGAAGUCGUCGAUCUCAGGUCCCCCUCGUUCUCAGUCAGCUCAACCCCAGAUUGGCAUGCCUCCUCCCCCUCGUCCUCACGAGAACCCGGAUACCGCGCCAAGCAUCCCAAUUCGUACCCAGUCAAUCAGAGCUAGUCACCGUCGGGCGCGCUCCGAGCAGGUAGACCCCAACGCGGCCUCCGUUGUUGGACAGAUGUAUCGUGGUCGCAACUCCGCCGGUCCCAUCAGCCCUACUACCGUGGGCCCCGGAGCACGCCAGAGUAUGUUUUCUGGAAGCGCCAGCUACGUGUCUGGUAUGACUUCGAGUCGCCGACCUUCCAUGUCUAGCCAAGCCGACCGCACUGGUCGCAGUGCCCGUAGCAGCCGCAGCAGCAUCACGAGUGGCGACGCUGGCUCUACUGCAACUUCCAGCCCUCCUCGCUCCAGCGGUAGCAUGAACAACUACACUGCAGGUGUCAUGACACAGAGCAAGCUGCGACCCCUGCGCCUCGUCAGCGAAACGGCCAGACUCGAUGAAGAAGAGGCUGCCCGCCGCAAGGCCAACCGUGGGAGCUGGAUUCCUUGGUUCAACCGUGCCAACCCGGAUGAACAGCCACAGUCUUAA